AACCCUUCCUAACAAUAGAUUCCUUGAUAAGGCAUUUAAUCGUUUCGAGCUAUGUAAACUGGACUGUGCUUAUUUAUUCGUGCUUUUGCAUUGUGUUGAUCGUCUUAUCAGUGUUUGAUAAUGGUUUAGCAUCUUGUUGUUUGAUCGUGUUCCAUCAGUGGUAUUAGUGUCAUCAACGUGGCAGCACUGCCGUUAGCUGUCAAAUUUCUCUUUCUUUUACUUUCGAGCGUGGUGUCAUCUUGUGUGAACAAAAUUUUUCGUGUGACCAUUUCGCCAAGCGAAAACUCGCAACCGACAAGUUGUCAUCCCAAAAUUUGACCCUGAACGUACUCAUCGCCCCCAAAUCCCGGCCUUUCACUGGACUAUUAUGAAUUUUGAGGAUUAUGAGUCGCUACCAACCAACAAUGUUGUUACGCAUAUGACCGCUGGAGCCAUAGCCGGAAUAAUGGAACAUUGCGUAAUGUAUCCUCUCGAUUCGGUCAAAACGAGGAUGCAGUCGCUGUCCGCGGCGGGCCGUGAGGGGAUAGUCGACACAUUCCUCAAGAUGGUGAGACACGAGGGCUUCUUCAGGCCGGUCAGGGGCAUGUCGGCGAUGGUCGUGGGGGCUGGGCCCUCACAUGCCCUCUACUUCAGCUGCUAUGAGUACCUCAAAAAUAUCUUCAUCAAACAGACCACCACGGCCCGGUAUCACACAGUUAUUUACGGAGCGUCCGGUUGUAUAUCCACUUUGCUCCACGACGGCAUUAUGAAUCCAGCCGAAGUGGUCAAACAACGUAUGCAGAUGGUAAACUCCCCUUAUAAAUCGGCAGUACAUUGCUUCGCCGACAUCUACAGGCGAGAGGGAGUCCCCGCAUUUUACCGUUCGUACACAACUCAGUUGACCAUGAACGUGCCAUUCCAGAGCAUUCAUUUCAUGGUGUACGAACUAGCCCAAAAAAUCACGAACAAAGACGGGACAUACAACCCCGCGGCACACAUGGUGAGCGGCGCCUUGGCUGGAGCGGUGGCUGCUGCAGUCACAACCCCUCUCGAUGUCUGCAAAACCCUUCUUAACACACAACAAGUAGGCACCACCGCUGGCCUUGUCGACGCUGUUAAAAAAGUGUACAUUUUCGGUGGUCCGACGGGGUAUUUUCGGGGGUUGGGUGCACGAGUUAUGUAUCAAAUGCCGGCGACGGCGAUUUGUUGGUCGACUUACGAAUUUUUCAAGUAUCUGUUGACGACGACGACGGAGGUUAGGUUGGUUAAUGGUCCGACGAGUGUAGUUUUAGCAGAAGAAAGUCCGAAACACGAAACGACUGAAAAGAUAAAUUUGAAACCUAGAGAGCUGCCGGCGAUGUCCGGGGCGGGAAUUUACGGCUCGAUUUCGUUUAAUACGAUGCAUUCGGAUACGGGAUAUACGAAUAGGAGGAAAGACUCAAUCCUCGAUAUCGUCCAUACUUAGUGUGCGUUGAGUUAUCGAUUUUUUUCCAUACGUAAGUAUUAGAACCGGUCACCGAACAUCAUGGUUUUCUGUUUCAACUGUGUUUAAAAUUGUAAAUAGAGGGCGUUGCAGCUUACCGAAGUGCUCUUGUGUUAGAUAUAAGACGCAAAGUGAUGACGUAUUUUGUUCCGUUUUAAUGUUGGUAAGCUGAUAAUGCACGUAUUUUUGACAAUACAGCACUAGUGUUAAUUAGAAGUAGGUGAAACCGACAACGUUCGAUAUUUCAGUCACUUACAAAAUUUACACAGUUAUUUUUUUAUCGAAUAUUAUUUGCGAAGCAAUAACGGGAAUAUCGGACUCAGUGGCUGUUGGAGGAAACCAUGUCAAAAUAAAAAAAAACGACUCGCUAUUACAAAAAGUACUAUUUAUUUUUAUUGACCCGAUUUUUGGGUGAUUCGGAUGAUAGAAAUACUUCCACUGAUUUAUGAAAAAAUAUGGCGUUGUGACGUCAACAGAGUAGAAAGUAAUUUUAUUAAGGCGUUACAUUCUGUUUUGUUUUCUGUGUGUUCGUGUAGAUCGGGAUGAAAAUAUGAA